AUGCAGACAGAUCGGAAUGAUUUUUUAUCUUCUUGGCCUCCCAACGGACGGAGCGAAUACGAUGCCAUUGAAUUGCUCAUUGCUCUAAGUGGGCCUGUGCUUUUUCUGUCUGUCCCUCUCCUCGCGCACAAGGGCGUCGAAUCUCAUCAAAGCCCCGACUCCCUCGAUGAAAUCGUCGACGACCCAGGCCCACCACAGCCAGGAGAACAAGGGCACGCGGUGUGGCCGCAGCCGCUUGAUAGCGAGGUGGAUUGCCUCAGCAAGGUGGAUCGCCGUCAUGGUCGUUAUCAGAAGAGGCUGGAUCGUGUAGCAGAAAGCGGCGAAGCGUGGCACGUGGCUGAGCGCGACGGAGUAGAGCGUCGACCCGGGCAGGAAGUUGCUGCGUCGCGAGAACGCAAUAAAGGUCGCCAGGCAGACGGUGAACAGGACCGCGUGGGAUCCCGUCGGAGGCCGGUACUCCCUGACGACGAUGUCGGAGAGGCCCAGCGUCUGAAGGCAGUGAUCGCGCAUGUCGAUGACUCGUUGCCGGACGUCGUCGAGCGACGAGAGCGGCGGCUCGAACGGAAUCCGAUAGCGCGUGCGGUUGGCGCGGAUGACCAGCUCAGAGAGGCUGACGUCUUCCAUCUGGGCAGACUGUGCUGCGCUGCGGGGAACGAGACAGUAGACUUCCAGGAACAGGGGCAGCAAGUCCUGGUGGUCUGCAUUCAUGUGGUCGACGAUGCGCUUUCUGCGGUCGGCCAUGUCGGAUAA